GUUUACAACCUGUCGUGUAUUUACAUUUUCUGCUGCCAACCUCAUUUCUGCUGGGAUUACAUGUGCUUCUAGCGAAUUCAAAAUUGAUUCUUGUUAAUAUGUUUUAUUAUUAUUAUUUUCUGGUUUUUAAUCAGAAUCAGAAAGAAAUUUAUAAAUUCAAAUUGGAAAAUUGACUUCUUAAAUUUCCAAUAAUUUUGUUUGUGCAAGCAUGGAUGUCACUGCUUUAUUCAAAGCUUGUGUUAAAACUUUACGGACGCGCAAUAAAGCUUUAGGUUUUGAUGACAAGGAUAAAUCUUCCAUGGUCUUUUCUAGAGGAAACAAAGUAAAAUCAGAUUUUGCAAUUAAAGCUCGAGAAGUAACUGGGACUAUAACAAGAAUGAGAGAUUUUUUACUGGAGCAUCGCAAAGAUUAUAUCACCAUGAACUAUAUUUUGCAUGGUUCACCUUCUAUGACAGAUAGUGAACGAGAUAAGAUUGAUAGUGAUGCCCAGGCUUUCAUGCAGAUGUGUGUAGAAGUUAUUAAAACUUUAAGGCAGGAAGUAAAGAAAACUAUUUCUGCUCAAUUAAAAGAGCAUCAAGAAGCAGUCGUAUCUUUAAUUGACCAAUAUUUAAAGGCUGUAUGUAAGAUUUACAGUGGACAGAAAGCAAUUAGAGUUAAACAAGCUGUUGAUCGACAAAAAAUGCUGAGAUUGGAAAGUGAUUUCAGAAAACAGAAAUUAAAGGAAAGUGAAGAUGAAAAGCGACCUGAGCUCAAAACUAUAGAAGAAACAAAUGACAUAAAUUUAGAAAAAGAAUCACUUCAAAAUUCUUCCUAUUCACCAUCUGAUUUUUCUACUGAUUUAUCUCCUGAUGUCGAUUUUUCACCUGAAGAAUUACAAAUGUUUGAAGAGGAGAAUCAAAGGUUGUAUGAGGAUAUGAAUACUUUAGUUGAUGAAGUUAGGGAAAUUGAAGGUAAAGUUGUUGAAAUUGGAAGGUUACAGGAAAUUUUAUCAGAAAAAGUAUUGCAGCAGGAUCAAGAUAUCAAUCGUAUUGCUGAUACAGUUAUGGGUACUACAGAAAACAUUAAAGAAGGAAAUGAAGAAUUGCGUGAGGCAAUGAAAAAGAAUGCUGGAUUUAGAGUUUAUAUUUUAUUUUUCUUAAUUGUCUUAUCAUUUUCUUUAUUAUUUCUGGACUGGUACAGUCCUUGAUUGUGAUAUUAAAUUAAAAUGAGUGUAUAUAUAAAUGCAAUAAAAUAUUUUAAAUUUU